CGACGACUUGAAUAUGUAUCACUUGGCUUCACCACAAGUCCAGGUGUCGAAGUUCAAUACACUUGCCAUGGUAGCGCGCGGAUCAGCCGAGAGCGAUACCUUUUGCGAGAAAACCACUGUCGCAUCAAGCGAGCGCGAUAGAUUAUAGAUUCCUAUUCCCUUGGUCUUGACUUGGUUGGGUAAUUUAAGCAAUUUGACGCUAGUAAUACGCCUUCAAGGGAUUCAAGGAAGUGGAAUAUUCAUUCCUUUGCCAGUUGCUGAGGAUUUGAGGGAGGCAUGGAGGAGUCUAUAGCAGUACAAGACAAGGAUAUGUGCUCAAAGCGGGGGAAGCGGGGAACAAUGACAAACGGGAAGCGAAAAAAGGACAAAUCGAAAAAGACAAACUCGUGGAAGCAUUCAAAUCGAUCUAGAAGACUAAUAGCAAAUGCACGAGAGAGAUCGCGAAUUCAUACUAUGAGUGAAGCGUUUGAAAGUUUGCGCAAAGCUGUACCUAGCUAUUCACAAGACCAGAAAUUAUCAAAACUUGCAAUAUUACGGUUGGCGACGAGCUACAUAUCGGCUCUUGCGGACUUGACAGAAAGCGAUACGUCGGCUAAAUCGUUAAAACAUUUCGCGGAGUGUGUUGAGCAGUGUACGAGAGCUCUACAGGCAGAAGGAAGAGCUAAACGAAAAGGAACAAGAAAAUACAGCUCGUCUUUAGCGGGGGACGACUUAUGCUAGUCAGAUCAACCAUGUAUGUACGCUGGUCUCGAAUCAGCGAAUCAGCUCCAGUCAUUCGGUGUCGGGAAAACACUUAUUGGUCAGCAAUGGACUUUUAGCGAUCGAACCAUCUACCUCCGAACUACUCAUUGACGCUUAUCCACUGGCGGAUCUCACUCUAGAAAAUAGCGAGUCGAAACCAUGGCGACCACAGUUCGGCAAAGUUAACAGAAAACAAUAGAAAAUUUAGGCAGACAUGAAACGGGUGUUUCCUAGUUUUUCUCCAAACUUUGUAAAAUGUAGGACUCCAGACUUCAAACUUCGGGGCCUAACGAGGACGAAUAAUCCUAAACCUUAAAAGAAAGGGGUUAUUUUUCAGCGAGAUUAUAUCGAAAACACUUGGCUUUUAGAUGUCGACCUAUUUAACAAAUUAGCAAAAUUAUUUAUUUGGUCAAGGAGAAGCAAAUUAUAUUUUUAAUCAUAUGAGCAUGCGUUUUUUUCAAAGGUUUUAGCGUUUAAAAAUUUAGGGGUAAUGCAAACGGAGAAGAAGAUAAAUAAAUAAGACAAGCUUUUUUAAAAAAUGCUGAAGAAAUAAUAUAUUCGUUAUACGAAGUCCUACAUUAUGUUAUUUAAAGUUAUUUGACAAAUGCAUUUGUAUGUUAUGUCUAUCUCUGUCUAUAAAACGAAUAUACUUCAUUCAAAAACCAA